AUGGCAAGAACCAAGGGUAACAAUGACAAUCAGUACCAUGGGUCUGGGAACAAUGAAGAAGAAUCAGAACAUGCUGCAAAAAAGAAGAUUAGUCCUGACUCUAUUGAGAAGGUUCCAAGACCCAUAGAACCCACCGUUGAGGAAAAUCGGACUAUUAAAACUCAUGCACUAGUUUCUAAUGAGACUAAAAAAUCAAGCUCCAAAUUUGAGUGUUCUGGUAAAGAUUCUACUGAAUCUACUCCACCGCCAAAAAAGGAUAGCUACAAAGGAAGGGCAAACGAAAGGUUAGAAAGAAUACUGAAAUCCUUAUUCCAACUUCAGCACCUUUUAGUCCAAGAGGUGGAGCUUACAGAGUGCUUGGUACUCCUACUUUUGAUCCAGACCUUUUCAGUGGAUAAACCACAAGCUAGUAGUUCAGCAUCGGCAGAAAUUUAUAUUGUGGGUUUCAAGUAUAAGGCUCCUACUAAAAUUGAUCAGCAACUUCUUGAUGUAAAGCACGUUAUCCAAGGAGGUAAAGAGCCUCCAAAGGUGGUGGAUGUACUUAGAGGAACAAAGCAAAAGCGACAUCGUGAUGGGUAUGAAGAUGGAGACACAACUUUGCGGAAGGAUCAUACUUUGACAACCGACGAUGUUAAAGAUCUGUGUGACGACCUUCGUGUUCUGGGGAAGCAAGACUUCAAGCAUCUUUUAAAAUGGCGUAUACAUAUAAGAAAGGCACUAUCUCUCUCAGAGAAGGCUACUUCUGCUACAAUGGCUGUGGAACGUGAGAGCAAGCAAGAUGAAGAUGAGAGAAUUUUCAAUGAAAUGGAGGAGUUGACUAAUGCCAUGGAACAGAAGAAGGAAAGGGCAAAGAAACUUCUAGCAAAAAGACGAGCCAAGGACAAAGCUCGGAAAGCAUUAGGCAAGCAAAUAGAUGCAACUGAGGAGAGUUAUACGGAUCAUGAAUUGUUUUCUCCAACUUCUAUCAAGGCUGAUAGCGAAGGGCCCAUGAGGAAGCCCAAGGGGACACAUCUAGUGAUUCAAACACCGAUAAAGAACACCAGCGGUAUGGUUAGCAACUGGAGGAAUUAUUUGAAGAGGCCUAUGAAAGCUUUGUGGCUAAAAAGGAAGGAAGCACGAAGCAGAGAAAGCGUACAAAGCAAGCCUAUUCCGAGGGUGAUCAGCUCUUGGAUGUAA